UUGCCUCAAGUUUUACGUGUGUUCAAAUUUUGCGGUGUCCCUCAGAAGGAAACAUUUCUUUUCCUCGGCGACUACGUUGAUAGAGGUGUCCAGGGGAUUGAAGUAAUCACGUUCUUAUUUUGUCUUAAAAUCCGCUACCCAUACCAGGUCUACUUGCUUCGUGGCAACCAUGAGGAUGCAAACACUACUCUUAACUAUGGCUUCUUCGAUGAGUGUAUCACUAGAUGGCCUUCUACCGAAGAGAAUGCACCAGGUGUUAAGGUUUGGCGGACCUUUCUCGAAGCUUUCAACUGCAUGCCCGUGGCGGCCAUUGUAGCUGAAAGAAUAUUCUGUGCACAUGGUGGAAUAUCUCCAUUCAUCGACAAGUUGGAAGAUAUUAACAAAAUAAAACGGCCAUCGGUUGUGCCUGCUUAUGGUAUCGGGUGCGACCUAGUGUGGUCGGAUCCAGCCCUCCAUCGAGACGGAUGGGUGCUGAGCCAUCGAGGUAUUUCAUUUCUGUUCGGACCGAAGGCGGUGGAAGACUUUUGUGCCAAGUACAAUCUUGAUAUUAUACUACGUGGGCACCAAAUUAGCAAUGAGGUAACCACUGUCUACAAACGCCGCACCAGAAACUGUGAUAUUCAAGUUUUGAAUAGUACCCGACUCGGCACAAACUGUACGCCUAUUCCCACUUGA